AUGCGUUCGCCACCAGCCUCCUCCGAUUCCUCUCCUCCACCUCUGCCAUCGACAACUCCCUCACCUACCUCCACCUCCAGCUCUCCGCCUCCCCCCGCUCCACCCUCGGCUGCUCCUCCCAGUUCUUCUUCUGGGUCUCCUGUCGCACCUUCGCCUGCAUCAUCCCCGCCUUCCUCAGGAGGAGGACUGCAUUUGGAGGCGACGCCUGCCCCAUCGCGGUCGCUUCAGGCUUCCUCGCCUCGUGACCCUGCGCCUCGGGUCUCGGCUUCCGAGCCGGAGAGCUCUGAGGCAGACUGUGGAGCAGUGCCUUCGCCUCUGGACAUCUUCGAGUCCAUUCUGCGUCUGUGCGAGUGUGGGCACAGCGACUUCGUUUCGACGCCGCGACUCUCGUUCCCCUCAGAGGCCGAGGCUCCUCCUCCGCGUGCGAAGCUCGGCCAGUCGAUUCCUCUCGAGCUCCCGGAGUUCCCCCUGGAGACACCCUCUCGCUGGAGAGGGUACCGGGCAACUGUGAAGCGCCAGGCGCCUGUGCCAGCUCGGUCCCUGUCGUCUCCGGUCCAGACUCGAUCGCGGGAUCUCAAGGCCUCCCCGAUGCCAGUGCAUGCUUCGCUGCAUGCGCCUUCUCCCCUGGUGCCAGUCGAAGGCUCUGCAUGCGACUCGAACGCGCUCUGCUGUUGCUCCCCGAACGCCGGAAAACGUCCCGCGUCCGCAGCCGCAAUGCCGUUGCUUCAACCGUCCACGCGAAGUUACUACUACUACGCUCCCGCGCCGCUUCUCAGUCCUUCGGGGAGUCCUCCACCCGCCGGCGGAUCUCGCGCCUACACGACGACUGCAGUGCCUGCUGGAGUUGCCUCUGAGAGUUUUUACCAUGUCGCAAAUGACGCAGGGAAAGUCGUUCAUGCGCCCUCACCUUCGCGCGCGUACGAGAUCCGCCACGAUACCCGACAGCUCACAGUCCCCACUCUGGGGCCUGCUGCCCCCGCGGCCGCAGGGACAGGUGAAGCCUGGGGUGACGCCCGACGGAGACUCCCCGACAGAGCGGCCGUCGACAGAGACUCGAGUCUCACCUCCGCGCUCCUCAGAAAGGAAGCGGAACUCCAGGCCCUCAUCGAGGAGAAACGACUGGAGCUGCGACUCCUGGAAAGGCAGGCGAACGCCCGCCGCAUUGCUGAGGGAACGUCGGAGCUCGAGGAAGUUCGCCACCUCCGAGGAAAUCUCUGUGAAAAGGAGAUGGAAGUUGAGCAGCUCAGGGCUGAGGUGAAUUUGGCCAGGAAAGAGAAAGGCGACUUGAGCGCCGAUUUGCUCGUGAAAGAUGCAGUGAUCAACGCACUGAAGGCCGGAGAGGACGCGUCCGACCUCCCGGGCGUUCGCACAAUCGAGGCGGUGAAGACCUUGCGGGAGAAAGAAGAUGAAAACAGGCUCUUGACGCGGCGCCUGGAGGCCCUGCGAGAAGAGCGACGAGACAUGAGAGAGCUUCUGCUGCAGAAAGACAAACAGCUAGCAGCCGCGAUGAAUGUCUCCGACCCGGAGACGAAGGAGGCGUCUGCUGUCCAGCUCGGCGUCCAGGCGAUCGCCAUGGUCCAAGACAGUGUGGAACUGCGGGAGAAGAUCAAGCAGUUGAACGCACAAGUCGCGGCGCUGAAGGAGGAGAAGAGCCGCCGGGAGCUGCUACUCGAGGAAACCUUUAGAAAGCUCACAGACAAACGGAAAGAAGCUGCAGGCCUGUUGGAGAUGGUGUCUCAGAGAGACAUGAAACUCGCGAGAGUCGAAACCUUCCUCCAGCAACGGAAUCGCGACUACGACCAGCUGCAGGAGCAGGCGCGGGCGUCUCUGAAAGCCGAGACGGAGCGGGCGGAGAAGGGAGAAGAGGAGAUCAAGAUCUUGGAGGAGCAGCAGAACGCGCUGAAGAACAUCGUGGCUUCUCGCGACGAGAAAGUGAUGUGUCUGCAGAAUGAAGUCGUCCGCCGAGACGCGCGAAUCAAGCAGCUGGACGAGAGACUGGCGCUUUUGUCGCAGGACUUGGAACAGACCUCCAGUCACCUGCAGCAACUCCUUCGGGCCUCUGCAGCGAAGGACGCAUAUCUGUACGAGUUGGAGUCCCAGCUGAGACGUAACGAAGUCGAGCGACAGGCUUCCUACCUCGCAGAAGUCGCGCGAACUCGCCGCCUCGCCUUGGAGACGCGUUUGAAGGAGGAGGAAUGCCGUGUAGCUUUGAACGACAAGGACGAGGCCCUCGCCUCCGCUCAGCACGAACUCAGCCGCAACGCCCUGACGCUACAGCAACUUCGACAAGCGUUCGCAACUGUCGAGGCGACAGAUGCAUGCUACAGACCCGCGGCGGCCUGCUUUCGAGGGAACAAAGAGGCGAGAACUCUUUCACGCACGAAUUCUCUGCCGUUUUCCCCUCCCGCAGACGAUGCCAUCUACCGAAUCCCUACAGCCUCCUCUGUACCCCAGAGACCGCUGCAGGAAAGCUUGAGGCUUCUGGAGGUUGACAACGCCUCGCCUCAAGGCGCCGCCGUGUCUCCGAGCCCUACGGGCAUUCUCCGGCCGGCCGGAAAAGGAGACGCUUCGGCGUUGUACACCUACAAGGUCACUCCAACCGCUGACACCACUGGAGCUUCACCUCUGGUGUAUCCCUCGGGAGUCUCGCCGCAGACCUUCGCCCCCGCGCAGGCGUAUGCGGGGAUUUUAAGGGGGAAUGCAGCCUCCGGAGGAGAUACUGCGCCUUGUGCGGAGACCCAAGGAAGGGCAGCCUCUCCCACAGCCUACGCGACGCUCCCCGUCUCGCGGGCCGCGAAAGCCGCGACCAAGAAUGUCUCUGGGCAGCUCCGGAGUCUUCAGAAACAGUGA